AUGUCGUUGAAUGGCCUGGACGAUGCUCCAGUCUCCGACGCAUAUCAAUCUGCUCUGGCCGAGGCUGGCGGCUGGUUCCUACUGAAGUAUGCCUCCCGCGACGCCAUCGAGAUCUUCAACUUUGGCGCCGGUGGCCUGAGUGAAGCCCGCGCAGCUCUGCUCGAAUACGACGAGAAGUCGCCGCUAUACGGUUUCCUACUAUUUCGCCGCCGCAAGGUCCUGCUCAAAUACGUGCCCGAAGGCACCUCACGAUUGCUGCAAGCUCGCGUCACCGUCCACUUUACCGAAAUCGAAGAGAAGUUCACGCCGCACGACUCCGUAUUCAGCUUCUCAACCCCGCAAGAGCUCUCCGACCAUGCCCUCUCAGCAGCGAACUCCCUACACACAGCCGCGCCGUCGACAAGCGCGUCAUCAACAAGCUCGAAGAAAAAAUUGGAUGGGAUAAACGAGGAUGCGGAGGAUAGUCAAGGAACAAGUGCGAAGGGCGAGGGUGCUGCGUUGGAAAGAACAGAGACGGUGGCAUCGACAACGAAGGUAGAAGCGGCGCCCGAUACGGCAUCAAUACGGUCACGUCCACUCUCGCCUACCGGAUACGAAGAGAGGCGGCCCGGGACGCCAGGAACGUCUGGGGGCGACGCCAGCUCUGUGAUCGCCAGUCCGAGGGGUUACGCACAGUCGGUCAGAUCCUUUAAAUCUCUCAACCACUUCGACCAGCACUACGACGACCCGAACCGCCGCUCCUCCUCCCAGACUGCCCGCGCAGACAUCGACUUCUCCUACCUCUACAAACCGAAAGUCAAGCUCGGUCCCCGCCCUACUCAGGAACCGCUUUCGCACGCGGCAGAGUCCAAGAGCGCCAAGCUCCCUGCGAGCCUGAAGGCCGCUGUUCGCAGCAAGGGGAGCUCUUCGCGGCCCAAAUCCAGGGAUUCGAGUACGGUGCCCAGUACAGGCCUCCGGCCCCCGCCGCCCGUUCCCACGAUUUCAGAGAUGCCCACGAAUACCCCUGCGCGCCCCACGUCCAGCACCGGUGCGAAAUCCAUUGCAAGUUCCGUUAAGUCGCCCGGCAUUACCCCAGAAAAGCAGCGCUUGAUGCGCGCAGUUGAGCUUCGAAAGAAACAGAAGGCCGCGCAGCUAGCGAGACAAAAGCCCAACAAAAAGCAUGGCGAUGCAGUUGCCACGGCAGAUGCCGUGGAGAAGGUGAAAUCAGCGGAGGAGACGGCGCCAGAGGCAGCGCCAGUGGAGGAGGACGAUGUCGCAUCACAUCGCGAAACGACGUCGAGUACGGAUUCGGGGUCGACUUUAAAGCCUGAUGAGGCUCCAGAAACGCCCGACCACACUAAGGCUGACUCCGGCGUGCAAUUGAUGAUCAGUGGAGCCGGAGAUGAAGAAGACGCUCGGCCACCCACUCCUGUCGCGUCCUCCCCAAUAUCCGUUCAGGAGUCGUCGAAUCCGUCAUCCACGCGCCCCUCGUCCAUCUCAGAUGGUGGCGACCGCAAGGAAGGACUGGAUUCAGACGAGCAGGCAGAAAUCGCGUCGCCACUCGACGGGGCCGCGGAAACUUCGCUCGGUCUUCCAUCGGCGGCGGAGCCAGCGCCAGCGCGGGCCUCCGGUGCCGAGCAUCCCAAUUGGGAUGUUUCAUCAUCUCCUGACAGGGGGGAGACGGGAGAACAUCAAACAGCGGCCGCCAAGGGCCCGGAACUGUCAGAGGAUUUUACCACGGCACUGCCGUCUUCCUCUUCCCUUCCAGAACGCCGCUCCACCACGAAGAGCAAGCGUCGCGUCCCCGUCGACCCCAUCCGUGUCGAGCCCGACGCGGAAAGUUCCGACGACGACUUUGACUACCUGUCCGACGACUCCCUGAUGGAGGAACUGCAGAGCGCGACGGUCGAAGAGGCCAAGCCAAUGUCCGUAUCCAAAUCGCCCAUCAUGUCUAUUUUCCCCCGCCGGAAAUCCCAGGCCUCCACCCUGUCAACAAAGUCGGCUGAGCAUCGCGUUAACUCCAACCCUCUUUCCAUGUACAGGACGGUCACUCCGACCCGGCUUUCCCCUUCGCCCGAAGGCCAGCUCGGCGUUAGCCAGCAGCUUGGCGUCGGUCAGCGUUCUUUUUCCGCUUCGUACGCGACUGAGGCGCAGCGCGAUGCGUCCCUUCUCAAGAAGAGUAAUGUUUCAUCAGGCAUCUCGCAGCGCAUCAAGGCUCUCGCCGAAAAGUCCAGCAAGGAUGGUACCCCGGUGACGCUCCCCAAAGUUGGUUACACCCCGGAGAGGGGCGCCAUUAGCAUCGCUCAACGCUCGAACUCUUUCAGGGCAUCGCACUCCGCGCAAGACAAACAGUUGAAGCGCCUCAGUAAAUCCUCGUUCAUUUCAGUCCCGCCGUUGGAGCGUCCCAUGUCCAAGGGCGAGAACUCGAACGAAAGCAUCCAGGCUGUUUACAACAAGGAUGCGAACAACAAGACCGAGUCGGUCACCGUGACCGCUCGCAUUGUUCGCUCCCCCCAAACGCCUGGCCAGGAUGUCGAGGACUCGCCCUUGGAUCUGCAGCCGAGCCCCAUUACCAUCGACCACAACAAGGCCGAUGAGGCUGCCGCUCCGCCGUCCAUCGUCAUCCCUACCGCCGUCGAAGAAUCUACGAAGUCACCUACCUCCGGCGACGCUUCUCCCGCGCAACAGUCGAAUGCGCACCUCGAAUCUCCCGCGCAACCUCUGCCCCGUUCGUCUUCGGAGAGCAGUUGGCGUUCAUUUGGUCGUAGGCGUAGCGAAGCCACCUCGCCGCCACCCAUGCCGCGCAGCCAGUCUAUCACCAGUCUCGAUAGCACUGUGACUGAAGAGGGAGACGAGAAGAAGAAGGGAAACCGGGCGAGCCGGUUACUGAAGCGUAUGAGCAAUAGCCUUACCACAAGCAAAAAGAGCUUGAACCAGAUGAUGAGUUCUGCAGUGCAGGAAGAGGCCCCUCAGCCUAUUGAAGAGAAGAAGGAAUCGCAACCCGGCGUUGAGAUCGGCGAUCUGAAUGUUCAGUUCCCCGACACCCUCCUCUGGAAGAGAAGAUGGGUCGAGAUCGACGUUCAAGGCAACAUCGUCCUGACCCUCUCCAAGGCCAACGAUGCAUCGAAAGGUAUCACCAAGCGCUACCACCUUAGCGAGUUCUCCGCCCCCUUUGCUCCUGACCAAGAACGGGAGGAGAUGCCUAACAGCGUUAUGCUUGACUUCCACGACGGCCGUACUCUUCAGUGUGCUUGCGAGAGCGCCCCUGGACAGACGCGCGUGCUGGGCCUUCUGAAGGAGGCUCACUCGUCUUGGUCUCAGUAG